AUGCCCCUACCCCAUGCCCCUACCCCAUGCCCUACCCCAUGCCCUGACACCCAUGCCCCUACCCCAUGCCCUGACAUGACACCCAUGCCCCUACCCCAUGCCCCUACCCCAUGCCCCUACCCCAUGCCCUCACACCCAUGCCCCUACCCCAUGCCCUCACGCCCAUGCGCCUACCCCAUGCCCUCACGCCCAUGCGCCUACCCCAUGCCCUCACGCCCAUGCGCCUACCCCAUGCCCUCAGUCACCCCCAUGCGCCUACCCCAUGCCCUCACUCACCCCCAUGCGCCUACCCCAUGCCCUCACUCACCCCCAUGCCCCUACCCCAUGCCCUCACCCCCAUGCGCCUACCCCAUGCCCUCACUCACCCCCAUGCCCCUACCCCAUGCCCUCACCCCCAUGCGCCUACCCCAUGCCCUCACCCCCAUGCGCCUACCCCAUGCCCUCACCCCCAUGCGCCUACCCCAUGCCCUCACCCCCAUGCGCCUACCCCAUGCCCUCACCCCCAUGCGCCUACCCCAUGCCCUCACCCCCAUGCGCCUACCCCAUGCCCUCACCCCCAUGCGCCUACCCCAUGCCCUCACCCCCAUGCGCCUACCCCAUGCCCUCACCCCCAUGCCCCUACCCCAUGCCCUCACCCCCAUGCGCCUACCCCAUGCCCUCACCCCCAUGCCCCUACCCCAUGCCCUCACCCCCAUGCGCCUACCCCAUGCCCUCACCCCCAUGCGCCUACCCCAUGCCCUCACCCCCAUGCGCCUACCCCAUGCCCUCACCCCCAUGCGCCUACCCCAUGCCCUCACGCCCAUGCGCCUACCCCAUGCCCUCACGCCCAUGCGCCUACCCCAUGCCCUCACGCCCAUGCGCCUACCCCAUGCCCUCACGCCCAUGCGCCUACCCCAUGCCCUCACGCCCAUGCGCCUACCCCAUGCCCUCACGCCCAUGCGCCUACCCCAUGCCCUCACGCCCAUGCGCCUACCCCAUGCCCUCACGCCCAUGACCCCAUGCCACCAUGCUCCCAUGCCCCCAUGCCCCCCUAUAACGUUCAGUGAGCCCAUGGCAUCGCAUGCGGACGCCACUCUCCACGUCGCCCCCAACACCCCCCCCCCGGGCCGACAGGUGGGCGACCCCCUACAGAUCUACCUGGACAUGGGGCGGGCGGCGGGGGCGGCGGGGGGCGGCAGGGCGGAGGAGGGGGACGUGGCGGUGUGGUGGGGGCGGGGGGCGGACGUGCAGCUCACCUUUGCUCGCUUCUCCGAUGCCAUGCCCACCGGCAGGCAGCACGGCCUGCAGCCCCUCAAGUUCCAGGACACGUUGGUGUACUGGCACGAGGACGACUGCCAGGACCCCACCCUGCUCGCUCCAGGCACACAGGUGGCAGCGCACAUACCGACGCACAGCUUUGGGCAGUGCAGCAACAACUUCAACAACUCCAACGAGGACGUGCUCUUCAACGACACCUGCCCCUCCACGGCAGCGCACGCACAGCACGCACAGAAGGCGCACUGCCUCUCCUCCAACUACAAGUUCGAACUCGUGGUCGAUGACCCCCGCCUCCUGGGCUUCGUUUCCUGGAAGCUUCUCCGCACGCUUGAAGCAGGUGGGUAUUAA